AUGGGCUUGGUGUUGGAUCGAGCAAGAGCCCUAUACACCCGAUACUGUGCAGCUGUUGCGCUAUGCGUCGAGAAAGGUUGGCUUGAUUACGAAGCGCUUGUUGCUCAGUAUUGGACCGAAGCUCUGUUUUUUUUUGUCAUAUUUUUAUUGAGGAAUAUAUCAGUGAGCGAUAUUCUCGCUUAUCGUGCUAAUAUCCCAUGCGUUGAUCAAGAUCUUACGACUACUGAUCUAUAUGAUUGGAACGAAAUGACUUUUCUAUUAGCAGCUCAGAAAUACUAUUGGAAACCUGGAUCAGAUCACGACUACCAUGCUUACACAAUUGGAUUUCUAGUUGAUGAAUUAGAUUCGGACUUUUACAAUAAUGCAGUCGGUACCAAUCUUCCUCCGAUAGUGCCAAUUGUGGCGACAGCUAUCACAUGCAACGAUGCUUUUCCUAUGCAAUCAGCCAAUAGUGAGAAUUAUGUUUUCAAUGAUCCUCGACUACAUUAUGCCGUCUUGCCCGCUGUUAACGGUGUUUCAAAUGUUCAUACGAGAAUGUAG